CGUGACAGUAUAAAUGUAGUCAAGGGAUGCCAAGAUGAUCAGAACGAAUCCAUUAAUCUGAGAAGUGGACGAGUGAAUUUUUUUUUUUUUUUUUUUUGCCACCAGCCCCACGUGGCCUCUGUAUAUUUUGCCCGUGGAAAGAUUGCAACAUGAAGGCUGCUUUUGUGCUCCUGUCCAUCUGUGCACUCUGUCCAGGGAGCGGAUCCGAAGCGUGCCGGGGGACGCGCUGCUUCCCCGGCCAGGACUGGAGCAGACCGUGCGUCGGAGCGCACUGCCAGGGGCGCACGGAGGCGUCCGCUCCCCGGGCGCGGCUGCAGCACUCUGCACAGCCCAGGACGGGACAGGUUUAUCCGAGCUACCAACAGGACGGUCAUCUCCGUCAGCACCAAGCUCAGAGCACCCCAAUAUCAUCCUACGGCAAUGUCCAGUCUCAGCACGGAGGCGUCGGCACCGAUGGCAUCCGGAGGACGAACCCCAGGACUAUCACGGCGGAGGUUUUUCAUCCUGGCUGCGUCGGUGGGUCUUGUUCCGCCACCGUUUCUCACCGACCCACGAAUGAUGACAGCGCCUCGCCGGAGUGUAAAGGGACUGGGUGCAGAUUGUCUCCGGGGGUGAGCCAGCAGCAGCAGCAGCAGCAGCCAUGUGUCGGAGAGAGCUGCAGGGCGCAGGCUGGAGACAACGGGAGACGAAAGUCUUCUCCUGUCCGUUUGAUGGACAGAGCAGCGCAGUUCCUCGGCGAGCUCCCAGACUUUGGUCUGGAUCGCGGGGCUUGGAUACAGCUGGCAUGUGACGUGAAGCCAGGGUCCAACGAGGUUCCAUCAGAGGACUCUCUUGUCCUGCAGCUGCAGCUGUCCAAGAGCCAGGACAGGUUCGUCGAGGCCCUCAAAGGCCAGCAGAAUGAGGUCAAGGAACUGCAGAGGCUCCUCAGUGAACAGCAGGGGGCGCUGGUUAACCAGCAGAGGGAAAUACUACAGCAACAAAGGAGGAUGUAUGAGCAGAUGGAGCAAGUAAAAGCCCAGUACAGCUUUCUGAUGGACACUAUCAAACAGACGUCUUUCCAGAAUCUCCAGGAGGAGCUGGACGGCCACUUGGAAACCUUGAGUGGGCAGGUUAGAGCCCACCGAACACAGCAAGCGCUGUCGUUGCACAAAGUGGACAUGGAGGCCAGUGUGAUGGAGGUGGGACAGGCCCAGGUGGCUUGUGGGAGCUGUGGUCCUGAGGAAUACUGCAGCUACAGCAGCGGCCAUCCUCGCUGUGAAAAGUGCACCGUUUGCCCCCCCGGCUUCUUCCUGGUGGCUCAGUGUUCGUUCCAUUCCGACAGGAUCUGUCAGGACCGAGAUGAGUGUCUUGAAAUCUCACACUUGUGCAGAGAUAAACAGAAGUGUACUAACACUCCAGGCGGAUUCAAGUGCCAGGGCAUGACGACACGGGAUGCCAACGCUGGAAUGUGCGGCCAUGGCUACUUUUACAGCUCCCAGGUGGAUGAGUGCCAGGCCUGCAGCGAGUGUGACGGGGAACCUGUCGUUUCUCCGUGUACGUUCCUCACAGACACCAUCUGCACUGGCCCCGCUGUCGCUGAUGCUUCUGCUUUGUCUCUGUCCUGGUCCGGAGACAUGAGUCUGCAGGGUCCAAAGGGCCAGAUCCUGGUCCAGGCCUUCCCCAGCGUGCAGCUUCACAUCCAGGAGAGGGCCGUAGUGGGUCUGGUCUCGGCUGAGGAUGGGCAGCUGGUGCUGAGGCAGCACGGUUUGGUCUGGCUGGACGCCGUUCUGUCCCUCAGCCACGGCUGUCGCAGCUUCAUCCAGGUCUGCCUGCGUAUAAACCACACGGAUGGCUCGGAGGGGCGCGACUUGAGCGGCAUCCGGGUGGAGCACCGGGAACGGAGGUCCCUUCAAAGUGUCAGCAUCAGCGGGGUGGCAGAAGUCGGGCCGGGUCACAUCAUGUCGCUCUUCCUCCGGAGCGCCAGCCAUCACUGCAACCAGAGCAGCGAGGGCCUGCAGCUCUAUGACAGCUCGGCAGCUAUGCUCAGCAUCUUCUGGCUCUCUCACGACACAGGGGCGGUUGCCAUGACUGCACAGGCCAUGGUGUCUGCGCAUUACCACACAAACUACCGGCCGGCCUUCCGCGUGGCCUCCACCUCUGACCCUUACGUUGUGGGGCUGACUCACGACGGUCGAGGGAUCCGUUUCGCAGAGAGUGGGACAGUGCGUUUCGUGUUUCAGCAGGCGCUCUACUCCAUGGGCCAGGCUUGUGUGAGUGACGGGUUUCAGCUCGUGGCGUAUCUCAACAAAAACGGGACUUCCCUGGAGAUGUUUCGAGUCUUCAAACCAGGCGUUCACUACCGAGACACAUCUCUAUCUCUUUCUGGGGCCACGACAGUCAGUCCCGGGGAUGCAAUCGGCUUUGAGAUCCUCUCUCCCGCUCAGUGCAACGUACGCUUCUUUGGCGAUGAGACCGGCAUCAGUCUUCUCAGUCUGUUUUGGGUCCCCGCUGCCAUCUCUUCCUCUUUGACUGCCUCUGUGGCCAACACUGGCCUUCCAUCAGGAGCAGUUCGAAACAAGCCUCUGUUCUUCCACCAGACCAGCCCCCAGGUGCCCCAGAUGGGGCUGCUGGGGAAAGGAUCCCCAAACCAGCGAAAGGACUUUGUCUUCAGGGAGAGUGGCACAGUCAGUGUGGCUUUGGACCUCAAACUCAUUCACUCCUGCAACUUGAUCAAGGUGACUCUGCUGAGGCGAGGCGAUCCUGAAGGAGGCCGUGAAGCAGAGGGGCUGCGGCCUGUACCCGUAGCCCAGCAGGUGGCGGGUCAGAUGCUUGAGGGAAGCCAAUGGGCCAGCGUGAGCCUUCGAGCGUCCUUCCAGGUUUAUAACGGCACCGCUGUCUUCUUCAUCCUAGACUGUGUACGUGGACGAGUCAAUCAGAUCAGUCAGCAAACAGGAAGUGGGGUGUCGGCUCUCUGGGUGGCAGCAUGAUGAACCAGCCCGGAGAGGGCAAAACUCUCUUGUUCUAUUUCUUCCUAUAUGAGUUAGUCCCAGCAAUAAGACCACAGACAUUUAUCAUAUUACCACAAUGCAGCUUUCUGCAAGGUAGCAAAUGGUGCCGGCUUACAUAUAAAUGGCACCUUGAGUGUUUCACCUGUUCUAAAACAGUGUAUAGACCCCAGGUAUGUACCUCUAAGUGUAAUGACAAAGGUGCUGCUCAUUUGGCCCCAUUCAAUAUUUAAUCUCUUGCAGCUUUUGUGGUUUCAUAAUUGACUGUUUUUUUGUCGUGAAAGGAUUUCUUCUACAGUGGCCAAGUUUGGCAACGCACUGUAUCA